AUGCAACCUGCAAAUCUUAUUUCGAAUGGUGGCGGUGCCAUUUGGUUAAAUGACGUAUAUUGCAAUGGAUCAGAAAGUAGAUUACUGGAUUGUAACUUCAAUAACGUGACAUUGCAAUGUGAUCAUGGGGAUGAUGUCGGUAUCCAUUGUUUUCUCAACUGUUCGACAGAAGAUGAAGGUACUUUGCGUAUAGUUCCGGGGUACGCUAAGCAUCAAGGUCGACUGGAAAUAAAGUAUAGAGGUGAAUGGGGAACAGUUUGUGAUAAUCAUUUUGGGAAUAUUGAUGCAGAAGUAGCCUGUAAACAGCUUGGAUAUUGUUCUGGAAUCAUGCAACCUGCAAAUCUUAUUUCGAAUGGUGGCGGUGCCAUUUGGUUAAAUGACGUAUAUUGCAAUGGAUCAGAAAGUAGAUUACUGGAUUGUAACUUCAAUAACGUGACAUUGCAAUGUGAUCAUAGGGAUGAUGUCGGUAUCCAUUGUUUUCUCAACUGUUCGACAGAAGAUGAAGGUGAUUUGCGUAUAGCCGCUGGUUACGCUAAGCAUCAAGGACGACUGGAAAUUAAGUAUAGAGGUGAAUGGGGAACGGUUUGUGAUAAUCAUUUUGGGAACGUCGAUGCAGAGGUAGCAUGUAGACAACUCGGAUAUUGUUCUGGAAUAAUGCAGCCCGCAAAACUUAUACGGAAUGGUCAUGGCGCCGUUUGGUUAAAUGACGUAAAUUGUUCUGGUUCUGAAAGUAAAUUACUCGAUUGUAAUUUCAAUAAUAUGACUUUACAAUGUGAUCAUAGGGAUGAUGUUGGUAUUCAUUGUUUUCUCAACUGUUCAACAGAAGAUGAAGGAAAUUUGCGUAUUACUGCGGGCUAUGCUAAGAAUCAAGGUCGACUGGAAAUUAAUUAUAGAGGUGAAUGGGGAACAGUUUGUGGAAAUCACUUCGGGAAUGUUGAUGCAGAAGUAGCAUGUAAACAGCUUGGCUAUUGUUCUGGAAUCAUGCAGCCCGCAAAUCUUAUAAAUCGUGGUAAAGGUGCCAUUUGGUUAAAUGACGUAAAUUGCUCUGGUUCUGAGAGUAAAUUACUUGAUUGUAAUUUCAAUAACGUAACAAUUCAAUGUGAACACUACUGGCAUGAUGUUGGUAUCCAUUGUUUCCUCAACUGUUCAACGGAAGAUGAAGGUAGUUUGCGUAUUGCUGCGGGUUACGCUAAGCAUCAAGGUCGACUGGAAAUUAAUUAUCGAGGUGAAUGGGGAACUGUUUGUGGACAUCACUUUGGGAAUGUUGAUGCAGCAGUAGCAUGCAAACAGCUCGGAUAUUGUUCUGGAAUCAUGCAGCCCGUAAAUCGUAUACGUCAUGGUAAAGGUGCCAUUUGGUUAAAUGACGUAAAUUGUUCUGGUUCAGAGAGUAAAUUACUAGAUUGUAAUUUCAAUAAUGUAACAUUACAAUGUGAGCACUACUGGCAUGAUGUUGGUGUCCAUUGUUUUCUCAACUGCUCAACAGAAGAUGAAGGUAGUUUGCGUAUAUCUGCGGGUUACGCUAAGCAUCAAGGACGACUGGAAAUUAAGUAUAGAGGUGAAUGGGGAACAGUUUGUGGAAAUCGCUUUGGAAAUGUUGAUGCAGAAGUAGCAUGCAAACAGCUCGGAUAUUGUUCUGGAAUCAUGCAGCCUGCCAAUCUCAUACGUCAUGGUACAGGUGCCAUUUGGUUAAACGACGUAAAUUGCUCUGGUUCAGAGAGUACAUUACUAGAUUGUAAUUUCAAUAAUGUAACAUUACAAUGUGAGCACUACUGGCAUGAUGUUGGUGUCCAUUGUUUUCUCAACUGCUCAACAGAAGAUGAAGGUAGUUUGCGCAUAGUUGCGGGCUACGCUAAGCAUCAAGGUCGACUGGAAAUUAAGUAUAGAGGUGAAUGGGGAACAGUUUGUGGACAUCACUUUGGGAAUGUUGAUGCAGAAGUUGCAUGUAAACAGCUCGGAUAUUGUUCUGGAAUCAUGCAGCCCGCAAAUCUGAUACGUCAUGGUAAAGGUGCCAUUUGGUUAAACGACUUAAAUUGUUCUGGUUCAGAAAGCAGAUUACUGGAUUGUAAUUUCAAUAAUGUAACAUUACAAUGUGAACACUACUGGCAUGAUGUUGGUGUGCAUUGUUUUCUCAGCUGUUCAACAGAAGAUGAAGGUCGUUUGCGUAUUGCUGCUGGUUACGCUCUGCAUCAAGGACGACUGGAAAUGAAAUAUAAAGGUGAAUGGGGAACUGUUUGUGAUAAUCAAUUUGAGAAUAUCGAUGCAGAGAUAGCAUGUAGACAGCUUGGAUAUUGUUCUGGAAUCAUGCAACCCAGAUCUCUAAUACGGGAUGGUGUCGGUCCAAUUUGGUUGAAUGAUGUCAAAUGUUCUGGCUCUGAAAGUGAACUACUGCAUUGUAACUUCAAUACAGACACAUCAACAUGUAGUCAUUAUCAUGAUGUUGGCAUCCAUUGCUUUCUCAACUGUUCAACGGAACAUGCAGGUGUCACACCGAAUGAGAACAUCAGAAGUCUAACUAAUGGUGCGGAUGCUGUUGUUUUUGUUAUAAUUGGUGUUGUUGUUGUUAUAAUUGUUGCUGUAGUCGUGAUACUUAUCGUCUUGGGUCGACGUCGCUACUGUUCUUCAAGAUCCGGAAUAUACCUUGAAGAACCUGACCAUCAAGACACAGAACAGGAACAUGAAUAUGCCUAUAUAGACCAGAAUGCUAUAAAUACAAUAAAUAUAAUUAAUACAAGUUCAGAUUAUUUGGAGCUAAAUGCUUCUAGGGGAGAACCAACAUAUGUUAUCAGCGAUCCUAAUCUUGAUACAUAUACAUGAUCAAAACAGCUUGCAAUCGUUGUCAAAUCAAGACGAAUAUGAAAUUGUCGAUAACUACAUGUAUUGUCCUAGUUAACAUAUCAAAACAGUGACUUCGUACGUCCAAUUACCAUUGACACCUGAGAAACUAGCUUUGACGUACUCCUCUUAGUUUUGAAACGCAAACAUUGUCAAACAUUGCCAAAUAGGUUAUGUUGUGUCAAAUAUUUGUAAAUAAGAAAGUUCCAUCAUGCUAAGUACUACAUGUAUCUGUUGUUGUGGUUGUUAUGCAUUUCAUCAUAAUAAGUGUCGUAACAUAUUAAAGUGCGAUUUCCAUGAUACACUGUCAGUUGUUGAUCAUGUUGAUCUUUUAUUUGAACAUCGAAAGGCUAUACGUGUGUUUGAACAGUGACAAGUAUAACUGUCCUAUCAUUUUAAUGUAUGUUUGUUGCCAUUUUUUUUUUGUGAUGGAAAGGGGAGUGUUAUAUUUUCAAAUGACAAUUAAAUGAAAUUGGCGUGAUGCAGCUAUCCUUGAACAUAUAUUUCUGUAGAUCAUAAUUCCUUCAGCUGAAAUUAUCGACACAAAUGUUGUAGUAUGCAGUACUUGCAAUCUUCGGCGUAGCUUCUUUACAAGAACAUGACCAGUGAAUGAUUGUAUACAUAUUAUAGAUCAAUUACUGAUAGUUAAUUCACAGUGUUUCAAAAUACAAAUCUGCCUGGUUUUGAUAACAACCAUAUCAAUAUGACGUUUCCAAUGCCUCUGGGUUAGUUAUUAAAAAGUUUUUUUUUUUAAUGUAAGAGUCACAAUGCCUCGAUUGUUUUUCUUUAUUAUACAGCAUGAUAGGUUUUCAUUCAUAAGACCAGACGAAUACAUGUAUCAGAAAAAGAUACUAAAAUACUGUUCGCAAUGUUAACAAAUACAAUUAUUUUUUCUUGUUAUCCAACAUUUCGCAUUGGUACUUUUUGCAAUCAAUUAUUUUUUUAAACUGUAAAUAAGAAUUGUUUAUACGAUUUUAAUUAUUUAAGGAUAGCAAUGUGUAUUUUGCCUGUA